ACAAUUAUCACUUUUAGAGACGAGCAGAAGCGUCAGCGACAGAUUUUUCAAGUUGUUUACGUUUUUCUUUGCAUGCUGCGCUGCGAGUUAAAUACGACUAACUUUACUUCUUGGAGGUAAAGUUUCUACGACUUCAGCCAAGAUUUGUAAGCGCAUUAUGCCCGAUGAGAUGUCAAGGCCUUUAAUCCGAGAAAGAGGCGAGGGAGCCAGGCACCUUGAAGACUCAGUGGCUGAUCCCAGUGCCCCAGUGAUCGGCAUCCUAGGCACUGGUGACUUCUCCCGCUCACUGGCCAGGAGGCUGGUGGCCUCUGGCUACCAAGUAGUGGUGGGAAGUCGGACCCCUAAAAGUUUCGUAGCACUGUUCCCUGAGGAGGUCGAGGUGACCACCCAGUUGGAAGCAGCCAAUAAGGCAGACCUGUGCUUUAUCGCAGUUUACCCUGAGCACCACUCCACUCUGGUGGAGCUGAAGCCAGCAUUGGCUGGAAAGACAUUGGUAGAUGUUAGCAACAGUUUAAGAAUCAACCAAAAUGGUCCCUCCAAUGCUGAGCUCCUGGCAGACUAUUUUCCUGAGAGCUCUGUGGUUAAAGGGUUUAACACCAUAUCUGCCUGGACGCUGCAGAUGGGCCCCCGAGAUGGAGGCAGGCAGGUUUUCCUGUGCAGCAACAGCCAGAAGGCCAAGAACACAGUGAAGGCAAUCUGUCACAGAAUGGGCUUCAUCCCCAUUGAUAUGGGCCUCCUUUCUUCUUCUCUGGAGAUUGAAAAUCUGCCACUCUAUCUGUUUCCCUCCUGGCGCCUCCCUCUUCUCUGCACAUUGUUUCUGUUCAUCUUCUUUUACCUGUACAACUUCUUCCGGGAUGUGUUGCAGCCUUACGUUAUGGAGGGAAAGAAGGCCUUCUACAAAAUGCCCAUUGAAGUCGUUAACGUCACCCUUCCCUCCGUGGCCUUGUUGAUGUUGGCGCUGGUGUACCUGCCUGGUGUGUUUGCCGCCAUCCUCCAGCUGUGGUCGGGGACGAAGUACAACCGCUUCCCCAACUGGCUGGACCGCUGGCUGACAUCGAGGAAGCAGUUGGGACUCUGUAGCUUCCUGUGCGCGAUCCUGCAUGCCGUUUACAGUCUUUGUCUUCCUCUGAGGAAGUCUGCCCGCUUUAAACUAGUCAACAUGGCCUACAAACAGGUAAAGGCGGGUAAGGACGACUCUUGGGAGGAUGAGGAAGUGUGGAGGAUGGAGCUGUACUUGUCUGUGGGCAUCAUGGCCCUCGGUCUGCUAUGCCUGCUGGCUGUUACCUCUCUGCCCUCAGUGGCCAACACCAUCAACUGGAGGGAGUUCAGCUUCAUCCAGUCUACGCUUGGUUACUGUGCCUUGUUCAUGGCCACCGCCCAUACGCUCCUCUACGGGUGGAAUCGCGCCUUUGAUCUUAGACAGUACCGCUUCAACAUGCCCCCCACCUUCGUCCUGGUCCUGGUUCUCCCCUUCCUGGUCCUGCUGAGCCGUCUGGCUCUCUGUGUGCCCUGUGCAGCCGGGCGGCUCAGGAAGGUCCGCCGAGGCUGGGAGAGAAGCAAACACAUCCGAUUCACGCUGCCGGCUGAAGGCUGCCACAACGGGCUGGAGGACGUCAGUAACGUGUGAGAAAUGCUGUUGCUCUAAGAAACAAGGUGAACAUCUACACAGAGAAGAUCAAAUAUUUAUACUAUGCUGGAAUCUGUUGAAGACUGCUGAGCUUCCUAGCAGGAGGAUCCUGUGGGAGAACCAAUCAGGCAAACCUUAAGCACUACACACUGUCAGGGGUGACUGUUGCAUUUAUCUUUAAUUUAAUGUUUUCUCUGUUUAAAGUGUCGAUCACAGUAAGGAACAGUAUUAGUAUU